CCUGGACCAGCUGGUUCACCUGGCUUCCCAGGAGGCAAGGGUUAUCCUGGAGACCCCGGACGCCCCGGCUCACCCGGUGUUCCCGGACCUAAGGGUAAUCCAGGUGAAAAUGGUUAUCCCGGAGCACCUGGCCCACCUGGCAGCCCUGCACCUGGGUUCACUGGAACAGCUGGCCCACCCGGCCCCCCUGGUCCACCUGGACUGCCCGGCCCUACAGGAGCUAAAGGUUACCCUGGAGACAAUGGAGGAAGUGGGCCCAGAGGACCACAGGGAGACCCGGGACCCGGAGGUCUACCCCGGGGCGCCCGGAUCAGCCGGUCCUGUCGGAGUGGGCAGGAAGGGAGAGCCUGGUGCUCCAGGUAUACCCGGUAAGAUGGGUCCCCAGGGUCCUGCAGGAUUCCCUGGUGGCAAGGGAGAGCGUGGUAUUCCCGGCCGCCCCGGAGCCAGCGUGGGUGUCAUACCAGGCAUGGACGGAGCCCCGGGAACCCCGGGUGGACCUGGACCCAAGGGUGACCCUGGCUUCCCCGGAGCACCAGGUGAACCUGGUAGAACAACUGGCAUUGGCCCCAUCCCUGGUCCCCAGGGUCCCCCAGGACCCCCUGGUAUUCCCGGAGGCAAUGGGGAACCCGGCAGGCCUGGAGGUCCCGGCUUCCCUGGUGCUAAAGGUGAGCGUGGAGGCAAUUGUUUUGCCUGUCCUGGUGGGCAGAAGGGAGAGCGUGGUGACACAGGUGCACAGGGACCACCUGGCGGAGUCACGGCACCUGGACGUCCAGGCACACCUGGCCUGAAGGGAGAGCCUGGAACACCUGGUCUGCCUGGAACACCUGGAACACAAGGGCCUGAGGGUCCCGGUGGUCCUCGCGGGCCUCCUGGGCCACCUGGUAUGCCUGGAGAUACCUUCGGAGGUGGCGCCAUUCCUGGAGCUCCUGGUGCCAAGGGAGAGCGUGGUGACCCAGGCUUCAACGGUGCCCCCGGUACCCCGGGCUUGGGCGGUGGAGGAGUUGGCCCCCCUGGACCACCUGGUAUUCCUGGAGGACCUGGUCCUAAGGGUGAGCCCGGCAUCCCUGGCAGACCUGGAGGCCCUGGCCGUGAUGGAGGUCCCGGUUUAAUGGGUCCACCUGGUCCAUCACUCGGCGGCGGCCCUGGCUUCCCCGGAAUGAAGGGUGAGCCAGGACAGCCUGGUCUUAAUGGCCCUCCUGGUAUCCCUGGAGCCAAGGGUGAACCUGGUGAUGCUUUCAUUGGACAAACCCGUCCCGGUGAGCCUGGCCCGCCCGGCCCUGUUGGUCUCCCCGGUGGCCCUGGCUUCCAGGGAGAGCCUGGCAACCCUGGUGCCCCCGGAAACCCUGGUGGUCCCGGAUUUCCUGGACCUAAGGGAGAGCCUGGUAUUCCUGGACGGCCUGGGAGCGCUAUCCCUGGUCCUGUUGGUCUGACUGGACCACGAGGUGACCCUGGCCUGCCCGGCCUGCCUGGCCCGAGAGGAGACCCUGGUCUGCCUGGCCGCCCUGGAGGAGGAGGACUUCCUGGAGGCAAGGGAGAACCUGGAAACCCAGCUAUUGGAGGUGGAGUUGGUCCUCAGGGUCUCCCCGGCCCACCCGGCCUGAACGGAGGGCCAGGUCCUCGUGGAGAUGACGGCAUUCCUGGUGGCCCAGGUAUUCCUGGUCCCCCUGGUAACAUCGGCUUCCCUGGCCUGAAGGGAGAGCCUGGACGUCCUGGUUUGUUUGGUCGUAAGGGUGAGCCUGGUGACUCUGUGGGGAGUGCUGUGGGGCCGAUGGGAGCACCUGGUGCUGUUGGUGCACCUGGCAUCCCAGGUGGACCCGGCCUGAAGGGAGAGGCAGGUACCCCUGGUGCCCCCGGUCUCGGAGGGCGUCCAGGCUUCCCUGGAGAACCCGGCCUGCCCGGCCCACGUGGUUUCGAUGGCCCACCUGGUCAACCUGGUCCUGGUGGUGGUGACGGUAUCCCUGGUAACCCCGGAGGCCCAGGUCCAAAGGGUGACGCUGGUUUGCCUGGCUUGCCUGGUCCUGCUGGCCCACCGGGUCCACCCUCCGGCCUGUCCCUUCCCGGACCCCCUGGUGAUCGAGGUUUUGAUGGCAGACCUGGUGGACCCGGCACACCCGGACCUAAGGGUGAGCGUGGAGACCCCGGCCUUCCCGGCGCCCCCGGUCUACCCGGCCCACCGGCCCCGGCUAUCUCAGGCGUGAAGGGAGAGAGAGGAAACCCAGGUUUACCUGGUUUGCAGGGUCGUCCCGGCACCUCCGGUCCUCCCGGUGGUUUGGGACCCCCUGGUGACAUGGGUCGUCAGGGAUCCCCUGGUCUGCCCGGUGCGCCUGGCGAGCCUGGCGCUGGAGUUGGAAUUCCCGGACCUCCUGGACGACCAGGCGGCCCUGGCCCACGUGGUGACGACGGCUUCAACGGUGGCCCUGGUGGCAAGGGAGAGCGGGGUGAUCCUGGUUUGCCUGGAAGACCUGGUGGCCCUGGACCUCCUGGUUUCCCUGGAGCUAAAGGUGAAAGCGGAGCAGCAGUUGGACUACCCGGACCCUCUGGUCUGGACGGCCCCCCUGGUGAAAACGGCGGGCCUGGCUUCCCGGGUGCUAAGGGUGAACCAGGUAACCCUGGUCUGCCCGGCCCACCUGGCAUACCUGGCAAGGAUAUGGGGUCUGGUAUCCCUGGCCCACCUGGUCCCAGAGGUUUUGACGGAGCUCCUGGCCCGAAGGGUGACCCUGGUUUCGGAGGCGGUCCUGGUCUGCCGGGUCCUGCCGGUCCUCCUGGUGGUAAUGGCGGUCCUGGUCGAAAGGGAGACCCCGGAUUCUCCGGAAGAAAUGGACAACCUGGUCCUCCUGGACCCCCCGGUCCCCCUGGACCUCCAGGUGAUGCUGCAGGCGGUCGCGUCGGCCCGCCCGGUCCUCCUGGUUUCCCCGGAGAGAGAGGACAGAACGGCUUGCCCGGUACUGACGGUCUUCCUGGGGGCCCUGGUCCCAAAGGUGACCCAGGUUUCGGUGGCGGCGCCGGCCCACCUGGUCCACCUGGUCCUCCUGGCCCUGUGGUUGGCGGAGUGCCUGGACAGAAGGGAGACGCUGGCUUCCCUGGUCGCAACGGUCUGCCAGGACCCCAGGGUCCCCCUGGCCCGUCAGGCGGAGACGGUAUCCCCGGACAGAAGGGAGAGAGGGGUGACUCUGGCCCAGCUGGAGCUCCUGGUGGGGUUUCCCGACCUGGCCCUGCUGGACUUCAGGGUCCCCCUGGUCCCAACGGCAUCCCCGGCGGCCCUGGACCUAAGGGAGAGCCUGGCCUGCCUUCUACGAGCGGCGGUCCUGGUCCCAGAGGUGAUCCUGGUGCCCCUGGCGGCCCUGGGCGACCUGGUCCUCCAGGAAACCCUGGUGUGAAUGGUCUGAAGGGAGAGCGUGGUGAGCCUGGCCGCUCCUUCGGUGGUGGUGUAGGACCCAGGGGAGACCCUGGUACACCUGGUCAGCCUGGAAACAGGGGUCUGCCUGGCUUACCUGGAGCUGCUGGUCCCCCGGGUGGUUCUGGUGGCCCUGGACCUCAGGGUGAUGAUGGACAGCCCGGCUUCCCUGGAGGUGCCGGCCCCCCUGGCGACCCUGGACUGCAGGGGCUCGGCGGUGCUCCCGGCAUGCCAGGUCCGCGAGGUCCGGAUGGUCCACCUGGCCCUCCAGGCCGCUCGGCCGGAGCCGUACCAACUGGCCACCUCCUGACCAGACACAGCCAGACUACCCAGAUCCCACAGUGUCCAGAGGGCAUGCCCAAACUGUGGGACGGAUACAGCUUGUUGUAUUUGGAAGGCAACGAAAGGUCACAUGGACAAGAUCUAGGUCUGCCUGGUUCCUGUCUGCCCAGAUUUAGCACAAUGCCGUUCAUUUUCUGUAACAUCAACAACGUCUGUAACUUCGCCGGCAGAAACGACAAGAGUUACUGGCUGUCUACAUCAGCACCCAUCCCCAUGAUGCCUGUCAGAGAUGAUGCCAUCAGACCCUACAUCAGUAGGUGUUCUGUGUGCGAGGCCCCGUCCUCUGCCAUGGCCGUGCACAGUCAGGAGCUUGUCAUCCCAGAGUGCCCGCGUGGAUGGAGAGGCCUGUGGAUCGGCUACUCCUUCCUGAUGCACACCGCGGCAGGAGCGGAAGGUGGCGGACAGUCACUCUCGUCUCCUGGCAGCUGUCUGGAGGACUUCCGCGCCACUCCCUUCAUCGAGUGCAACGGUGCCCGCGGAACGUGUCACUACUUCGCCAACAAAUUUAGCUUCUGGUUGUCCACUAUAUCACAGAACGAACAAUUCGCCGACCCAGUACCAGAGACACUGAAAGCAGGACAGUUACGAACCAGAGUUAGCAGAUGCCAGGUGUGCAUCAAGAACGUGUAACCGUGGGAGAACUUGUGUAUUGGAACUUUAUUUUUAACAAAGAGUUGACAAGAUUUCAAAUGGUGCUUUUGUACAGUGGGUAAGCUCGUACCAAUGAUUUUAACUAUUGCAUCCCCAAGUCGCCUCAAGUUUUUUUUAUAAGGAUCAGGAUAGAUAAAACGUGUAGGACAAUGUAGUAGAUAAUGAUGAUGUAACAUUAAUUUUAGUGCAGCAUUUUAGGGUAGUCAUAUUUUUGCAGAAAUUAGCAAGCUGAGGAUAUAUAUGUAAGCUCAGUUCACUUUCAUGUUUAUAACGGAUUAUGCAUUGUGCAAAAGCAGCUGAGAAUCUUUGGUUGAAAAGAUAACAGUUGCUUCGAUAUGGGACUUUGCUUUUUGGCAGUAUUUUUAGCACUCGCUUGUCUAGGGAAUGUAAAUGGUUUAAGAAAAAGGCAGUUGUGCCAUAGAAAAUGGGUAAAAUUAUACCUACUUAAUGGGAAGCCGUUAUAGUUAUGAUUAACUAUCCAUAUGUAUGGUGCUUACUAAUUCUGUAUAAAAAUUGCCCUAAAGCAAGAGAUUUUGUACAAGCUGACGUUAUGUAAAAUGUGUGCAGAACUGUGGCAGUCUACCCUGUCCUAUGGUGCUAUACAAUAUGUCCCGCCAACUUUCUCAGGAUCAGUAUAUCUAGACACAUCUUUUGGACUUCUUUCUUCGUGCUCUCUCUUCUGAAAAAAAAGUUAUGAUAAAAAAAGCAAGGUGCCAAAGUUUACAAUAAAACAUUCACAGAUAGUCACUUCUUAAAUGUUUCAUUUGUUCGUAUUUUUAUACAACAGUCAUCUAUAUUUAUAUUGUAGCAUUAUGAGAUAACGUUCCAUCGUUGUAACCAAGGCUGAUGUGUAUAAUUUACACGAUGCGUAUCCAGGCUUUCUGUGCCUAUUUUUCAAGGCUAGGUGCAUGCAAGAAAUUCGUCUAGAUAUCUACAAUUGUUCGAUGUCCUUAUUUUUACAAGCUCUAAUCAUGUACCAGUACAAUCAACUUAGACUAGGAUAGGAUUUUUAUCUCCCACUAAUGAUAUCCUUUGUUAGACUUCCCCGUACUUGAACCCUACCGACCUUAACUGAAGAUCAGCUGUAAGUCUGGCCCGUCCUGUGGGUGUUGUGGGCCGCUCCAUAGCCAUUCCAUACGUCUGGCCCACCACAGCCCAGGAUCUGUAGAUGGUCUGGAGUUAACGUCCAUGGGAGGGUGUCUGUAGUUAAAACCCCUCCAACAUGUUACACUGUGGAACAUUGUUGAUGACCAGAGUUUAUUGUGUCAGCCCUGUUGUAAUAAUUUGAUUGCAUUAUCAAUAAAUCACAAUCUUUGUGUA